AGGGAUAACGCGAGUCUUCAGCUCGAGAAGAGCCCCGUCGUGGAACCUCUUCAGCAUUUUGAGCCUUACCGUAGGAAAAAGUUGACCGCUGCGCGCAUAGCAGGGUCUGACUGUGACCAACAGGCGUUACAGCAGACGAAUAUCAGUGCACUUUGUCACCGCUACUGUUUUUGUUGUUGGUAUUUCUCAUCUUCAACAAAGCGGGAUAAUUUAGACAGGUGCUUGAGGAUAGAAGAGUACACUCCCGUGCAUUUCUACCCUACCCUAGAAGACUCGCUCGUAUAUUCGCCUCAAGGAUCCCGACGAUGGGUUUAAAGGCCAAACGCAGACCGUCUAGCCCGCCCGAGAGCCUCAGCUGCCAGUUCGAGAAAGUUCCCAACACUGCCGAUGUCGACCUCCCGACUGCAUGCUCCGGCACAGAGAAGGACGCCAGGAGGCGGCUCUACCUCACCGUGGCCACAACAUACAUGGCCUCGAUGUCGUUUGGCUUCUCUUGCACUUACUCCUCGCCAGCUCUGCCGGACAUACGCAAGAGCAUCGAGUUUUCGGCCUCCGACAGCGCGUGGUUCGGCUCUCUCGUCACCCUCGGAGCUGUGUUCGGUGGACUCGCCGGUGGUCAGCUGGUGAACCUGAUUGGUCGACGUGGCACGCUCUUCGUUGCCGCUGCAGUGUUCAUGGCCGGCUGGCUGUGCCUCAUGUUCGCGCCGUCCACGACGCUGCUGUUCGUGGGUCGAGUGCUGACCGGCAUCGCCGUCGGCAUAACCGCCCUGACCGUCGCCGUCUUCAUCUCCGAGAUCAGUCCCUCGAACAUACGCGGCCUGCUCAACACUGGUGCCAACGCGAUCCUCUGCGUUGGCAUCCUGCUCACUUUCUUCUUGGGCAAGUUCCUCUCCUACCGCUGGCUGGCCGCCUUUUGCCUCGUGCCCAGCGUUAUCAUGGCGCUCGCGCUCUUCUGUGUGCAUGAGUCGCCGAGCUGGCUGCUUCAGAAGGGACGCCGCAAGGCUGCCAUCGCCUCGCUUCACUUCUACCAGGGUCCCAAGAUUGCCGAGGAACUAAGCGCGCUCGACGCGAGCCUGGCCAACCAGCAGCCUUUCACCCUGGCGGACGUAACCAUGCCGUACAUCUACAAGCCGUUCUUCUGCACGCUUCUGCCGAUGUUCAUGCAGCAGGCGUCCGCCGUCUGCGUCAUUCUCUUCUACGCGCAGGACAUAUUCGAAGAUGCCGGAACAUCCAUCUCUGCUGACGACUGCACCAUCAUUGUUGGCGCUCUCCAAGUCGUCGUGCUUUUCGUCGCCACAGCGCUGACCGACCGGCUAGGACGCAAAGUGCUCCUCAUCGUCUCUUCUUCGGGAUCCAGUGCCAGCCUCGCCCUCCUGGGCAUUUCCUUCCACCUGAAAGCCACUCGUGGUCAAGUGUUUCUGGACUCAUAUGGUUGGUUGCCUCUCGUAGCCAUCGCCAUAUUUUUCGUAGCAUACGCCAUGGGUCUAGGUCCACUGCCCUGGGUGCUGUUGGGAGAAAUGAUUCCGCUCAGGGCCAGAGGCUUUGCCACGGGUGUCUGCACGGCGUUCCUGUUUGCGUUAGCCUUCCUUGUCACCAAGUGUUACGACGAUCUAGUGAAGCUCAUGACCGCGGCGGGAACGUAUUGGAUGUUCGCGGGACUUCUGGCCGUCUCGCUUGUUUUGUUCAUAUUUAUUGUGCCAGAAACUAAAGGCAAGAGCUUAGAAGAAAUAGAGCUCAUAUUCGGCAAGACCGACUCAUCUGCCUCUCUCGACACAAUGGACAAAGACGUCGAAAUGAAUGUGAAGUGAAAAAAUCCAAGGAAACUCCCAUUCCUCCUGUAUAGGACAGUCAGUGUGACAUUCCUGCGCAUCUGGCGCACAACCGAGUGCUCUGCAAAGGUGCCAAAAUGCCUAGUUUUUAGGCAAGUGUUUCGUAUGCAAAACCUUCACCUUUAAGUGAUUCAGUAACCGCGGCAUGAACGUGGUAUAUUUUUUAUUCUUGCUUGCUGGCAAUGAGGAGAUUGCGCGUAUGAUUGUUACUACAUUGUUGAGAGUAGGUUUUCAGUGAGCGCGUUUUAGUGCUCUGUCAGUCAUUUUAAGAAGGGCUGCAGGCUUUUGAGAAGUCCCGAACCAUGUUACCUAGUCGGGUUCACCAGAAGAGAGAUAAUCAGAUGCCCCAAAUGUGCGUCGACAAUCAAUAUAUCUAUUUAGUUAUUUAAACCGUGCCCUUGACCAGGAGGUUAUUCCCAGUGAGAUGAUAUAAAACAAAGUAUGACCUUCCCAAUUAUACUUAUCGUUAUAUCUUCACUUGUGAACUUGAUUUAAUGGGGAGACUGCGUCGGCACUGCCUAACAAGCGAUAAAUCCAGUGGCUCCUUAGAGCGACAAGGCUCUUUGCUGAAGGUUACGUGAUCGCCGUCAACAAAGUGGCACAUAAAUAGUAGUAGGAAGUGUAUCGCAUUUAGUAGGAGGCCCAACUGCUCAAUCAUAUCGGCCAGGAGAUGUAUGUGCGAGUUAUUAUGAGAGUGAUUAUUAUUAUGAGGGUGAGACUAUCUGAGUGAUUAUGUUAGAGCAGCAUGGAGCGAUGAGGCUUUAAAAUUUACCUUAUAAACAAAUUAGGAAUUGACCAUUGAACACGGCUGACACAGGCCAGUGGCAUUAGCGAUAGAUCAGUGACAGUGCGAUUAUACGCGAUUCUUUUCACACUAAUAGGAAUUACCUUCCUAUUAUACUUAUUUUCAUAAACACUAGUUACGAAGCACCCAUUUUGUCAUAAGUUCAAGUAAGCUAGAGUCGUGUUCUAGUUAGGAUUCAGUGAAAUGUUACGUCAGAGGACCCUUGUGCUCUUGUAAACGAUAUACCUUUUACGUGUGCCCGGUUUCAGCGGGGUCCAAGAAGGAGUGCGUGUUUUUAGUACUUAAGUUGUUUGUGUACAAAUCCACUUCCUGGCAACAGUAAUCGACUAGCUAGUCUGUCUGUUUGUGCAAAGUAUUUUAUUUUGUCGCCAGUCUGUAUGUUGCACAGUAGGUGCACAACCAGAUGUAAUAUAACAUACAGGGUGAUCUUUUCUUUAAUGGAAUUUUCAGAAAUCGCAUGUGGCAGGUAACAUAAUUCUUGUCCUUGAGCUGAAUUAUUCGAAGAAGCAGACGUUAAUUACUAGCACAACAAAUUGAAUGUCCAUUAUCAACUAAUUAACAAACAUUGCGUAAUGAGCUUAUUAGUUAAUUACUUUGGGACACAUAUUGCAAUUUACAAAUUGUAGCCGGUGAGUUUGGAAGACGCAUUCACUUGAAAUGAAUUUACAGGAUAGUACCAGUUUCGAGAUAUUAUUUCCUAAAGUGUGGAACGAAAUACAUGGGCGUUCUAGUUAAUUGUGUGCUCCAAUGCAUAAAAGAGUGUUUUGUUAAAAAAGUAAGUGAACAACAGUGCAUUUUAUGGCAAUUUUGAUGGCGCAUAUCUCCAAACUGGAGAUAUGCGCCAUCACUGGAGAAAAUCUGGAAAUUCAUUCCAAGCGAAUACACCUUGAAAACUCACCGGCUACAAUUCAUGAGUUGCAAUAUGUGCCGUAAAGGUAAUAAUGCAAAAGAUAAUUAGUGAAUUUUUGUUCAUUAGUUGAAUAUUUGUUUUGGUUUCUCGUUGAAGUAAAAUCCGCCUCUCUGAAUAAUCGAGCUCGAGGACUAGAAUUAUGUUAUCUGCAACUGACUAUUUUUACAAAUUUAAUAAAACUUAAUAAUGAUCGCCCUGUAUGUAGGGAGAUGGAUGGCGUUACACUUAACUUUAUCUUAUUUUAUAUUGGACCUGCCGUGGUUGCUUAGUGGCUAUGGUGUUGGGCUGCUAAGGACGAGGUCGCGGGAUCAAAUCCCGACCACGGCGACCGCAUUCCGAUGGGGGCUAAAUGCGAAAACACUAGUGUACUUAGAUUUCGGUGCACGUUAAGGAACCCCUAGGUGGUCUAAAUUAGUCCGGAGUCCCCUGCUACAGCGGGCGUCAUAAUCAGAUGGUGGUGUUGGCACGUAAAACCCCAUAAUUUUCUAUAUAUUGUAGUUCAUUGUUUACAACUCCUUUCUCUCAGCGCUCUUCUAUUCUUUAUUGUUUUUUAUUGCGCUGAAAGUCUUCAGGCUCAGCGUGUACAGUAUCGAAACAUCGCUGAUAUACUUCCAGGCCAACAUUACGUGGUUGUGUGUACAUAUGUUUAGCUGGCAUUGUUGUUUUCUUUACGGAAAACCCGGCUUCCGAUUGGUGGGAUAACGGUUAUUUAAAAGAAUUGAUGCCCGCAGAAUCCUGAAUUGGUUAUGUUGCCUAAAUGAUGCAGUCCUAUUGGAAGUUGUUGAGUAAUAUAUUACGUAAAUCGUGAAAAUUAUACGCUGUUAACGGAUGGCUGACCCAUUUUAUUUCAUUUCAAUAUUUCUUUCUAUCGUGGUCACUCCCCGCAAAAGGGGUAUUACAAUGUAUGGGAAUGAACAUUCAAUUAGCACCGAAUAACUUCAAGCAUUAUGGAAGCCCGUGAGUGGAUUGACUGCCCAGUGGAGCAGCUACAUAGCCCACGAGCCUCAUUGUUAAGCAAGUUUUUAUGUCAUUAAAGGGGCACACCUGCAAGGCUUUUACUUGGCGUGUGUUUUCUUUUACAUUUGCUUGGGGAUCGUGACAUAAAUAAACAUGCCAUAUUUUCCUA